GCGUUUGCAUCGCACGGCUGGGUUGAGGGCGACGUAAAUUGAAAGCGGAGGAUGAGGGGGGGACGAGAGGAGAAGCCAACUGGGGAAACGUGUUCAGUGCGUGCCUGACCCUCGUCCCGCUCGCUGCUCGCCUUCGCCCCUCGUGCUUUCCCGCCCCCUUUCUGCUUUGUUUUCGCUUCCACCCUGCUGCUUUUUUUGGGCGCUCGAAUCCUGCGUUCCUUACCCCCCAUUUGUGUAUGACUGACAAGUGACGGCCGCACGCUGCUGUGGACUACUCACCAUGAAGAAGAAAAUCGUCUGUGCAUCAUGUGUUGGGGCCAUGGGUCUGCUGCUGCUGACUGGAGGCCUUCUCGUCGUGAUAUUCUUCAGCGACCUUGUCACCAAAGUCAUUCACAGGGAGUUGGCUUUUCGGAACGGGAGUGAGUCAUUCGAAAACUGGCGAGCCCCACCUGUGGAGCCGGUGAAUUCUGUGUAUUUCUUCAACGUGACGAACGGAGAGGCCGUUAUGGCCAACGGCUCCAUGCCAAUCCUGCAAGAAGUCGGACCCUACGUAUACAGGCAGACGCUGGAGAAGUAUGUGGUUUCAUGGCACAACAACAACACCCUGACUUACCAGCCAGGUUCCAAUAUGUCUUUCGCCCCGGAACUCUCAUCAGGAAGUGAGGAUGAUGUCAUCGUCUCCCUCAACGUUCCCAUGAUGUCAGCAGUAUAUCGGAUGCAGCAUGGGUCGAGGAUCAUGCGAUUGGCCCUGUCCAGCAUGUUCACCAAGAUUCUUAAGGUCAAGCCCUUGAUGAACUACACGGUGAGAGACCUCAUCUGGGGGUACGAAGAUCCUUUGAUCAAAUUGGCGAAGGACAUCAUGCCCCCCGGGGAAAGCCCAGACCUGGAAAAAUUCGGCUACUUCGUCACGAGAUUGGGUCGUCAGAAGGUCAACAUGACUGUGUACACCGGAGUCGAUAACAUCUACAAGCGGGCGACGUACGACAACGUGAAUGGAGCAAGGGACAUACCAUUUUGGCGAGAGGAGGGAUCCUGCAAAGCAUUCCGAGGCACGGACGGAUCCGUUUUCUCGCCCGAUUUCACCCAAUCCGAUACAGUUUGGAUCUAUCUCAGCGACAUGUGCCGGAGUCUUCCGUUGGUCUUCGAGAAAGAGAUAGAGCGGGAGGGCGUGAGCACCUUUCGAUUCACCCCACCCGAGAGUGCAUUCGGGGAUCCGGACACCUACCCUGAGAAUCGUUGUUACUGCCUCACCUCCCCUAAAUGCCCACCUAAAGGGGUCUUCAACAUCAGCGUUUGUCAGUUCGGUUCUCCGGUGAUGCUGUCAUGGCCACAUUUUUAUAUGGGAGAUCCCCGGCUACGUGAGGUCGUGAAAGGACUUUCACCCGACAAGGAAAAACAUCAAUUCUACUUUGACAUUAAUCCGAAGCUUGGUGUGGCGAUGCAGGUGAUGGCCAGAUUCCAGAUCAAUUUGGCUACUGUGGGAUUGUGGGACAUUGAACCUACUCGAUACAUGCCCAACAUCACCUUCCCUGUCCUUUGGAUGCAAACUGGAAUCCAGAAAUUGCCAGAUCACCUGCUAGAUGUUGUCCACCAGGCAGUUCAUACCCCUGAAAUUGCCGAAGCUGCCAUGAGUUAUGGGUUGUUCAUCUUGGGUGCUGUCCUCAUCUUUGCCAUGGGUGCCUAUGUGAUCAAGAGAAAGCUGACCAUCUGGAAGAAGACCAGAGCUGUGAGCCCAACUAAGGCAGAAAUGAAUGGAAAGUCUGAGACCAACGGCCACUCAACAGACCUCCCUGAGACCAUAGUGAAGAAUGGGAAGAAAGUGGCAGAGAAUGGGUCAAAAGAUGUUGCUGUGUAGUUUCCUGCUCAAUUUGGACAAGUGGUUCCAAGAAGAAGCCUCUGUGAUAACGGUUGGACACUGGUUAGAUGUGUCGCAGGACCAAAGCUUCCCUGGAUCAGUAUUGUCUACAAUUCAGCAUGCAGCCUACCUUUCGGCUUUGAUGGACAAAUGAUUGGGGAAGUCACAACUGUUGUGCCAAUUUACCUAUCCUGGGAAAUAUUUCCAUGAGUUGUUGAACUUUUUUUUCCACAUCUCAUGACAGUGUGACUUGACUAAACUUUGACAUUGUGAUAGAUUGUCUCCCUGUUGUGUGAGGCUCCUGAGAGGAGCAAUCUCGGAGCAGACUCUAUUUCUACAUUGGGGAAAAACAUAAUCCAGGGUUCCUCUACGAGUGCUUCCUUGUGUGCAUCAUCUUUUUGAGUGUUCAUCCCAUGUCAGGAUGUAAACCCAAUUCUUUUAUUUUUUUUUAAAACUUACUUUAUCGCUCAGUGACGUCAGAGUGCCAAAUUUAUAACCGUGUUGUGGAAUUGGUAAUGAAUGCUGACAGUGGAUCAUCAAGUUCGUUGUGACUAGGUAGACAUGAUUUUUGCAACUGUUCGAUGGUCAGUUACCCCAUGACUGUUGAUACUUUCUUGAGUGCCUGCAGCUUCCUCAUUGAAUUAAAUUGAUCUCAUAUCGAGUCACUCGGUAGAUGCAAGAGGGUUUGCUGAGUUCUCCUGUGCGGUGUGAACUCGAAUAUUUGUUUUUGCUAUGCCUGUGAUGUAAAUUUCAUGGCUGCAAAAUAUAAAGUCCACUUUUCUCCUA